AGUCGGCCACAGAAGCUACAAUGACUGAACUAAUUGAAGAAAUUUUGAGCUGUGGCUAUCAUGGACCUGUUAAUGUUGAAAAGAGAGAAGAAAUUGUUCGUGCUGUUGUUCUUCAUGCCAUACUUCGGCUGCUGCCCCUUCUCUCCCAGCUACGUGAAGGUCUGAAACUUUAUGGUCUCGCUGAUCUAAUGAGCCAAUAUCCAAACAUCUGCCAACCACUCUUUGUCCCUGGGGUGGAGGUGAAGGCUGAUGCUGACUUUGUCUUUGCGGCGUGCAAUCCUGAGUUCAGUGAGAAGGGCUCCAACAAAGAACAGGUGGAAGUGAGCGCUAUGAACCAUCUACAGGACUUCUUGCAGGAGCUGGAAGAAUGUGAACUUCCAGAGGUGGGUGACUAUCCAGGUCACCUCUCCCCCAGUACGUUUAUGCAGUGGCUCACAGGACAGGGCCACAUUCCUGUCUUACCAGAAGAGAAGAGAAACUUCACAGUCUUUGUGCAGUUCAAUCACACUUGUCACAUCCAGUAUGUCGUUCAUACAGUUUGCUACCCAAUAGUCGCCGCAUGUAGUAAUACAAUCCGCUUGCCUGUUCAGCAUAUGCAAACUUAUACUGAGUUCAAACAAGUGAUAACUGAGGCCUUCCACCUACUAGGGCAGGCAUUUCAUCAGGUUUAGGGGAAAUGUUGCUGUUUCAAAUAUGCAGUGCUAAAGAGACUACUGAAUGUUUUUUUUUUUUAUUUCGUUCAAAUUCAAUGCAUAUAUAGUCAGGCUCAAGUACUAAUACAUUGGGUUUAGAUAUUUGUUCUUUUUUUGUAAGAUCACCCAAUUCUCUGUUCAUGGGGGUAACAUU